ACUUUGCACUCUUCCAUUCUAAAACCCAACUCCAACAAAAUCUCACACAAAACACCUUCCUCCUCAUUAUCCUCAAGAGAUUUUCCACCUCCUACGUUUCUCUUUCUUCUCAACAUUUCAAUUCUAUGGCUUCCGAACCUUCCAGAAACAUUGAUCUCACGCUUGGAGAGCCCAAGGGGCCCAAGGAGGAGCCCGACACGGAGGACGCCUCGCCGUCAACGUCUCCGCCAUCGGCCAUACGCGUCAUGCCGGUGGCAGUGCACAUGCCGUCCAUGUCCAUGAACAAGGCCUUAGUCCAAGCCCAAGCCCAGGCCCAUCCAACUCAAAAGAGAGCCUCCACGAAGGACAGGCACACCAAGGUGGAGGGACGCGGCAGGAGAAUCCGAAUGCCUGCCACGUGUGCGGCCCGGAUCUUCCAGCUCACCCGGGAGCUCGGCCACAAGUCCGACGGAGAAACCAUCCGAUGGCUUCUCGAGCACGCCGAGCCGGCAAUCAUCGCCGCCACCGGAACCGGCACCGUCCCCGCCAUCGCCAUGUCUGUCAACGGAACACUUAAGAUCCCAACAACCAAACCACUGUCAGGAUCCGACCCGGAACCGGGAGACCCGCCCUGCAAGAAGAAGCGCAAAAGACCCGCCAAUAGCGCCUACGUGGAUGUUAACGAAAGCGCUGUUUCAGUCUCCGCAGGCCUGACGGUUACAACAAAUUCCGUAACUAACACCCUAACAAACUCCACAACCUCCUCCGCCACUCACAUAACAAACUCUGUAACGGCCGCUAUAAUACCGCAGCAAACCGCUAUUGCCUUACCGCAAAACGCGGUACCUGCCAUGUGGACGGCGAUUCCGUCCAACGCUUUCUUCGUCGUGCCUUCCGUGGCGGCGGCGGCGGGGCCUUCCAACGCGCCGCAAUUCUUCACAUUCGCACGUCCGAUUUCGGCGUUUGUUUCGUCGGUGAUGACGCCGGUUCAAAUUCAACCGGCCGGUUCGACUGCUCCGUCGUCGAAAUCUCCGCCAAGAGCGACGGUUAUGGCGCCGAGCAGUGCAACUACGACAACGCACACGCUGAGGGAUUUCUCACUGGAGAUUUACGAUAAGCAGGAGCUUCAGUUCAUGUCGAAGUCUAGUUCAAAGCAUUGAGACAGGCUUUGUGAAUUGCCCUUUCUUGUUUCGCCAUUGAUGGGAGGAAAGAAGGGAAGGGAAGGGCGAGGUCGGAGCGCGAAGAGGAAGAGCACGUGCGCACGUGAGGUUAGGGGAUUGAAAAUGGCGGGGACCACGUGCGUGGGGGUGUGGGUCAACAUGAAAAGUGGGGGGUCCCACUUUGUGUGUUGGGGUGUGCUGCUGCGUGGACCGUGCAAGAGAGGGUACCACUACUGCUUCGUCUUCUACAGUUCUACUACUACCCUUUCCUUUCUUAGCCAUUCGAUUUUUUAACCUCCUUGUAUAUUAUUAUUGCCUAUCAAUUUUAGGACCGUAAAAUGUAUAAUUUUUAAUUAUUAUUUAAUAAAAAUAAAUCAGUUAGGUAAACCAAUUUUCUAAU